CCAGUGCCCAUGUGGAACGUUGGCUGCCAGAUAGUGGCGUUGAACUUCCAGACUCCCUCCAAGGAGAUGCACAUAAACCAGGGUCGGUUUUUGCCAAACGGUGCUUGUGGCUACAUCCUGAAACCAGAAUUUCAGAGAAGCCUGUCCUCUCAAUUUGACCCCGGCACACUUUCCAAAGGGCCCUGGCUGAAGAAGAAGACCUUUAACGUGAUGGUGAUCUCAGCUCAGCAGUUACCUAAAAUCUACAAGGACAAACAAAAUUCCAUCGUUGACCCUCUGGUGAGAGUAGAGAUCUACGGCGUCCCGGCGGACAACGCCAGCAAGGAGACACACUACAUCGAUAACAAUGGGUUCAACCCGAUGUGGAAUGAGAAGUUCACGUUUGACAUCCACGUCCCAGAGCUGGCCAUGGUGCGGUUUGUGGUGGAGGACUAUGACUCAAUGUCCCACAAUGAUCUCAUCGGGCAGUACUGUCUACCGCUCACCAGCGUACAGAACGGGUAUCGCCACGUCCCGCUGCUCACCAAGAGAGGUGACGUCAUCUGCUCGGCCGGACUCUUUGUGCAUCUCAUGCUCAUAGACGCCCAGUAGGAUCGCGUUUGGAUAAACCUUCAUGUCAGCAACAGCAUUUGUUUUAAGGAACUCUUUGAAGGAAUUUGUCCAGUUUUAAUGCUAAAUAUAAUUUAAGUUUAAGUUUGUCAUCUGCCAAGCCGCAGGUCCUGACUCACCGUUUUAUGCGUAACACUUUCCGGUCAUUGUGUAAUUUUAGCUUUUUUAAAAAAGAAGUAUGGUUGAGAGUUCAGAGUGAAUGAAGAAGUGAAUGAAAGUGCAGUGUGGGAAAGUAUUUAAAGAAAGUCAUUCAACUGUAUUUGCCAUAUUGGGGGAGGGGGGGGUACAAUAACUAGAGGAGUAAGGUGUAUAUAAUUCAGUUUUUCUGAAUAGUAUUUUAUUUCUUAUAGAUUUCUCAUGGCUUUAUAUCCCUUCAGGAUAAUACAAAUCAUGCUCAUGGAAACAAUGUAUUUGUCAAGAAACACAACGAGUACUGAACUGUUUUAGUGACUCUGCCUUGAUUUAAGUUUAGUGGGGUUAUGAUGUUGGUCACUGGAGCAACAGAAUAAACAGUAUGAUAUCAAAACGCAAAUGUUUUGCCCAUUGAGAGAGACACGUGCGUGUCUGAUGCUUUUAAUGGUUUUAUGUGAAGCACUUCGAAUUGCCUUGUUGUUGAAAUGUGCUCGACAAAUAAACUUGCCUUGCCUUGCUCCACAAUGUUUGUCAAUGUUUUAAUUAUUUAAAAGUCUUAAAAAAUAUGUUUGACUAUAACAUUAUGAGCAUAUCAAGAAAUGAACUGUAUCAUACACAAAUCUGCUUUUAACAUAUUGAGCAGUAAUUCAUCUUAUCGAGUAUUUCAUGUCAAACUAAUAUUUUCUAUCGUACUUGUCUUGUCUCUUGUAUGAAUUUGCACUAGCUCUCAAAUAAAACCAGCAGAGUC